GUGGAGAAGCCUCUGCUGGGUGGAGUGAGGCGGACAGAGAGCAGAACGCGGCUGGAGAGAGGACGGCACGCACCUGUCGGACGGUUUUCUCAUUCAACUCACCUUUGUUGCGCUUUUUUUUUUUUAGUUGCUUUGCCUAGUGUCGUUUUUAGCCGACCCUCACCAUGACGGACGCACUUUUACCGAACGGCAUUGAAGACAGCGGAGGAGACGGGAAGUUUUUCAGAAAGGGCUGCAACCCCCUUGCACAGACCGGACGAAGCAAACUGCAGAACAAGCGAGCCAGUCUAAACCAACAGAUCAUCAAACAGAUGAGGAUAAGGGCUGGAGCUGAGAAUCUGCUGAAGGCUACAAACAACAACAAGGUCAAAGAGAUGGUUCUCCUGGAGCUAAGCUAUGUUAACGCCGACCUGCAGCGGCUGAUGGGACAGCUGGAAGGACUCAACAGCUCAGUGGACGUCUACCAGAGCACACAGGAAACUGCAAAUAUUCCCCUGAUUGCUCUGGGCUUGAAGGAGACCAAAGAAGUUGACUUCUCUGCACCAUUCAAGGACUACAUCAUGGAGCACUACAAUGAAGACGGAAGAACUUUUGAAGAUGAGAUUGCAGACCUGAUGGACCUGCGACAGGCCUGCAGAACACCGAGUCGAAGCGAAGCCGGGGUGGAGCUGCUCGCAAAAUACUACAGUCACCUUCCUCUGGUGGAGAACCGAUUCUUCUCCCCGACUCGGCAGAACGGCAUCUUCUUCACCUGGUACGACUCCUUCACAGGCGUUCCGGCUUGCCAGCAGAACCUGUCUCUGGAGAAGGCCAGCGUGGUCUUCAACAUGGCAGCCCUGUACUCCCAGAUCGGUACCCGCAGUGACCGGCAGACGACGCUGGGCUUGGAGCAGGCCAUCUCUGCUUUUCAAAAGGCUGCAGGUAUGCUGAGCCACCUGAAGGAAACCUUCACCCACACUCCUAGCUAUGACAUGAGUCCGGCCAUGGUCGGCAUGCUGAUUCGGCUGAUGCUUGCCCAAGCGCAGGAGUGCAUGUUUGAGAAGAUUGUGCUGCCGGGAGUCAAGAACCAGUUCAACCCCCUGAUCAAAUUGGCCCAGGAGGCUGCCAAGGUCUCAGAAAUCUACCAUCAGGUCCAUCAGUCCAUGAUCCAGGCGCCGAUAAAGGACAACGUGCCGUUCUUCUGGUCCACCAUGUCACUGGUCAAAACCAACCACUACCGUGCCAUUGCACAUCACUUUUUAGCCUCGGCACUGCUGGAUCAUGAGUUGGGACCCAGUGAUGAUGAGGAUCAGCAGGAGAAGGCUUUAUCUCAAGUGUACGAUCAGCUCCCUGAGGGAUGCUCCACACUCGACAUCCUAAAGAACAAGCAUGAACGUGAACGUAUUGGUAAAGCUCAUAUUCGUCGCGCCAUCUCUGUUCACGAAGAGGCUCUGAGGAAUUAUGGUCUGUGCCAGCACCUGGACAAGCUAGAAGCUCUGCAGGAAAUUUUAGAGGCCAGCCUCCAGCGCUCGCAGGAGAAGUACAGUGACUUUGAAGACGAGGAACAGUUUGUCGACUACGUGGAAGCUCCAGACAUCAUCUCUAAAACCGAGCAUAAAGCAGAAAUGGAGUUUCCUGCUUCCACAAAGGGCCCUCUGUCAGUGUUUUCAGCCAAGCAGAAGUGGACGGCGCCCAGGAAAGUCCAUGUUUGUGCAGACGACAGAGACCUGGGCUUUACACUGAAAGGAGAGGCACCAGUUCAGGUGGUCUCAUUGGACCCUCUCAGCAAAGCAGCUGCUGACGGACUGAAGGAGGGCGACUAUAUUGUUGCUGUGGGUGACAAAGACACCAAGUGGAUGGGUGUGAGCGACAUGAUGCCACUUCUGAAAGACGUGGAUGAAGAAGGGAUUGAAAUCCAGGUGGUCAGCGUAGUCGACAACAGCCCCACCAUGCCAACCAAGAGUGCCACCUUCAGCGGAAACCUGCCCAAGACCUACUCUAUGAUUUGUCUGGCGUACGACGACGAAGGAAAGCCCUCCAAAUCCCACAAAGUGGCCAAGAAGUCAUCUUUCCUCAGCUUGGGUCUGAAGAACAGGAUGAAGAGCGCCAGCACCCUGAGCCUGCCUACAGUGGACCCAUCGAGUACUCUGCCCUGGAACAAGCCCAUCCCCACCUUCCCCAGCUCCAGCAUCUACAACGAGCGUGCCUUUCACUGAGCUGGCCGCAGCGUGCACACAAAGCCUUCAGCUACAUACGGCGCUGUGCUGUACACACACCGGGUGUGUGUCGAUGCAGCAUCGUUGCCUUUUUAGCGUCUCCACUCUAGCUUGUAUGCAGCUUUUACACCAACGGCGACAAAACACAUUCAAAAUAACCGUGCCAAACACUGCACACAUGUGACCUUGCUGUUGCAUAGACCCAAAAUAGCGCUCCGUCUUAAGAAAGCACGGAUGACGGAGAAUGAAGCCGGUAUGUGUACAGCACAGUUCGACUGCAAACAGUUACACUUCACCUUGAGACAAAAAAAAAAAGUUUAGUGAGCACACCCAAGGCAGUGAUUGUAAUGUGGGCCGAGAUGUCCGCAGCGCCACCGCACACAUGAAGGACUUUGUUACAAAAACCUUUAAACUAAUGAUCAGUGAGGGAAAACGAAAUGUGCUGUGAAGUUUUAUAUUAUGUCUAGGAAGUUUUGUUUUUAGAAUGCAAUAUCCCAUAAGCUGCUAAAUCAUACCUUAGUUUUGUGUUACUGUCUUUUUGUGUUUGAGAGACAGCCUUUGAAGACGGUGUUUGAGCUCAGUGCCAUGUCCAGGACACGGUGUAAAUAUAAAUAUUUGUAUUUUAUUUCCCCCCCCCCCCAUUUUACUCGUCCUUGCUCUGGCCCCACAUGCCUCCACGUCUCUGAUAUGCCAGGAUGAAUCAUUCACCAGUCUGACUCACGCUACCCGCCUCAGCCAUGCUGUUGGAAGCCGGAGCUGUACGUCUUAAUGUUAAUGUGAAUCUGUAUGUAGUCAAAUGUGUUUUAAUAGAAGGGAAGAACGGGGUUACACUGAUGUUCAUGAUGCACACUUGGACAGCCAUGAUCAAAGCCCACAGCCAGCUUUUUUUUGACCUGUUAGUUGCGACUCGUUUUUACUGACACUUUGCCGUGUUGGACUAUCUCUUUAUCUACAAAGUAGAUUCUAUAUAUUCGUUUGAUAAUCAAAUUAUUUAUGUAAUUAAAUAAAAAAAACACAAAAAUAAAUCUAUAUAUUUACCUUUACGUUUAGGUCAACUACUAAAUUGUUUGGUGGAUUUCUGUUUCUUGGAGGAAUUUAUAUGGUUAGCCUUGGUAAAACUGUGUUCUUCUACCUUUUUUGUCUCUGUAAAAUAUGUUUUGUAAAUGUUUUUAAACGGUUUUACUGACGUGUAAUAUUCGGUACCGUCUCUGUUUACCUAACACUGUUUUUAAGUGCCAUUUAUGCUAAACCAUGAAGUAAAAUGUGGCGUUAUUGUAGGAACUGCAGUGAUUGGCUCCCUGUAGUAGAUGGAUACGAGCGUUUUUGUUUAUGCCGCAGUGCCUGCUGGUACUAAGUGCCUUGGAGUGUAUGCAGAGGGUUUGGGCUUCUUGUCUUGCAAUGCUUUCUGGUGGACUUGCUCAGUGUUCUGCACUUUGUACGGCAUAGUUGCAUAUUGUUAGGUCUUUGUCAUAUGUCUACACUCAAAUAAAAUAGAACAAACAAA